GGCACCGCUGCCAGUAGCUCCCAGGCAGUGACUCCGCGCGUAACAUGUAACCGGUGGCCAUCCAACGUGGUGUUAUGUCAUCGGUGACAAUCCCAGGACGCGGAGGAGCCUCGGACGGCGGUGCGCGGCCGAGUCGAGGAUAAAGUGCGAGUGAUUAUAGGGGAAGCGCGCCGAGUGGAAUCACGAGCGUUGCACGGAGAUCGUUCGUUGUAGGAAGGUGUUUUCCGCAGGUUCCCCAUCUUCUCCCGACAUCGGUACAUUCACCUUCCUCGCUAGACGUUAAGAGCUCGGGUUGCGAGGGCUCCGAUGGGACGAGCUUGGCGCUCAGCGAUCGGGCCAUCGUAAGCUCGGUGCCGCAAGUUCGACGCGAAUCGACGCGCCGCGACGACGAGCCCUGAUGAGGAUAGACACCCGUGCUCUCGCGUGUCCCCGUUCGGCUGCGCGGCGUCGUGUCACGGUUCGAUAGCCGGACAAACGCCGGCGACCUCGGCUUCGACGACUCGAGCGUCGAGAUCGGAAGCGAACGGAGUCGUUCCGGUGGAUGUCGACGAACUCACGGCCCCAGAGUUGCAUUGACAGCACGAUUAUAUCGCGGUGAUUACGGUCGCGCGACGGGAACAGGCGGCUGGUCCCAGGUACAGUAAUAGUAGACGCGGAAGCUUCGUUCCGGGACGACAAUGGCGUGAUGGCCUUGAGUUCGAUUGCGCGAGAACGAGUUCGGUGAACGGUCGUUUGCGGGGUUCGUUUCGACUUGGCGCGAUCGAGAUCGCGCAAUCCAAGCGCUAUAUCGCGUUUAGCUACCGGGUGUCUACGAUGCACAGUGCGGUAAAUGGGUUCACGCGUCUAGAUUACAUUCAAGAAAUACGCCGGAACGGAAUAGCGAAUCAAAGUAUGUAAAAUACGAGAUCCAAUCGUGCACGUAGGCGGUUUUUCGUAGGAGGAGGAUCGUAUGUUGUAUCGCAUUUCGACAAUCCGCGAUAAUUCGAUAUAGCAGUCAUCGUCCAAGUCAUCACUAUCGAUCGUCGACAAUCAAGUGGCCGGAUGCGAUUCCGUCGGGCGAGAGAGACAGAGUAACCACCGUUCGUUGAAUGGAGUGAUGAGCGGGGCCCCUGCGCGGGGCACAGUGCCCCGUCGUCAAAGACGCCAUCAUCAUCAUCAUCAUCACGACCACCAUCAUCAUCAUCAGAAGCAUCCGAAGCGCGUCCGGGACAAAGUGUCGCGAGAUAGAACGCUGGACGAACCGGAAGAGAAACGGCCGAAAGUCAAUCCGAUCUUCCUCUGGGCGUCACAGCGCGAACAGAGGAUCGUCGAGGUGAGAUGCGAGGAUUACGAUAAGCGGAAUCGCAUCAAGCUCACCAAAACCGCGCAAGGAUGGCGCUCGAUACCGCGUACAACGUCCAACGUUUAUACGAUCGCCCUGGCCACCGCCUGCAAGAGAACGACGUCAAGCCCGGUCGAGACGUUAUCGGCCUCCUCGGUCUCGUCCAACGACGAGAAGGAGAAUGGCAAGCGGCACCAGGAGGUCGCGCCGACAAACGUGAUGACAAACUCCCAUCGACGUCAUCCGCGAAAAUAUACGGCAAACGGUGCGACGAACGGUUUGCUUACUGGCGAAGGCGCAGGCAGAAAGAGACGUUACGAUGAAGAGGCGAGUCGACGAGGAUAUUCCUAUCCUCUGGGAGCCCAUGACGGUUCCAAGUGGAAUUCUGGCAGUCAAAGUUGCUCGGAUGAGGAUAACGACAACGAAGGCGGGGGAAAAAAUGGCGAGGAGGAUAAGGAUCGCGAACGGAGCAAGGUGGAGGAUCGUCUAUUCAGCUUGAAGUGCAAGGAUAGAUUAGGCGGUCGGGUUAAUUUGGAGAGAUUGCAGAAGGACAAGCUGUUUCAACCGCGCGUCGUUCUGGAACAGCUGCAUCUGUCGCAACUUCCCGAGAGCGCGCAUCAAAAUGUCGUUCGCCACGCGAGAACUAAGGACGCGGCGGCGAACGAGACGAAGCGAAUGGAGGAAAGUAACGAGCGAAACGAGAAGGACGCAGUCGACGAGGCGGAAGAGGAUGAAGAGGAAGAGGAGGCGGAGGAGGAAGAGGAAGACAGCGGGGAACCGAGUCGCGUGAACAAGACGGGCAUUCAGGACAUAUUGAACAUGAUAGAUGCAACGGCCUCGCCCGUUCUCGCCACCGACACUCCCAGCGCUGAUCUACCGGUCGAUUCCACCAAAACCUAUGAAGUUCUUGACGAGAAGCAAUGUGUAGAAAGAAAAGUCAAGGACACGAAAUCCGACCAUGCGAAAGAUAGAUCGAGAAGAGCGUCGGUAUCCAGUUAUCAGGCCGAGGUCAUCGACCAAAAUGAUGAGAUUGACGAUAAACUGGAGGUGCACGAGGAGAAGAUUCUGGAGGAGGAUUGCUGCCUGAAGGAGAUGAUGGACAGAAAGAUUCGCGUAGAGAACAAGCUUCUUUCACUAGAAGAUAAUUCCGAGACGGCGCUGAAUUCCUGCAAAAUCGCGGAAGCUGACGGUGGGUUAGUCGAUCGGUCAACGUGCAGGUCCAACUCCCUGGUCACGUGGCCAAGGAUACCGACCGAGAAGGAGGCGCCGAUGGAGGCCGAGGAGGAGGCGCCAGACGAGCCCGGCGAGCCGGCGAAAAUCGAUUACAACGAUAGCUUGAAGAUCCUCGACGCUCUGAGAAACACGCCAGGACUCUCGGUGUCUGUGACGAGAAACCACACGCCCGAGAUUAGCAAAAAUCUAAUUGUAUCACCCGCGCGGCCGCCCUCCAAGGCGUCCUCGUCGAGCAGGUCGCCGGAUUCGCAAGCGGAAUGUGUCGAAAAGCUACUGAAGAACUCGAACAACUUUGUAAACGACAAUGGCGGACGCAUAAGCUCGCCUCGCAAUUUACCGGGCCUGUCGAUCAUCAUACCGAGCUAUUGCUACAGAAUUGCCUCGGGUCAGCUGACGACGACGACCUCGCCGAGUACGAAACGUCGCGUCGAAUCGCCCGAGAGUACUGUCAGUUUUAACAAGGCAGACACGUAUCCAGAGCAAUUAAAGCUGGACGGAUUUCCCCACGAAGAGGACGAGGACGAAGAAGAAGACGAGGACGAAGACGACUGCGACUCACAGGUCUUGGAGGAUCUUAGACGGCAGAAGGCGGACUCGCUGGCGUAUGACACUAUCGAUGCAGAUUACUACAACAAGCCCGGUUCCAGAGUCUCUAAUCAGGAAGAUCGCAAAACCUCGCUGGAGAACAUGAAGAACGAUUCGCUCGUGAUCGGAUCCAGCAGAAGCAACGAAGCGCAAGCCAAGUGUAAAUAUCAGGAUCUCGAGCAUUUCGACGAGCAAGUCUUAGAGGAACUACGGUCACGCGGCACUGUAGUUUCUCCUCAGCCUAGUGGAAUUCCUUGCUCCCCCGCAUCGCGAAGACCGUCAUCGGCAUAUCUCGAGAGGUUAUUGCCGAGUCCGCCUUGUUCAGUUUCCUGCUCGGAAGACGCCAAGAGUGAGUUGACACUGAAGAGCAUCCUAGCCUCAUCCAGUUGCGUCGAGCCGCGAGAGUAUGAGAGAUCAAAGGUCCUCCUUUCGGGGGGAGCUUCGACGCUAUUCGAUCAGAGUGUCGAGCCUGUUUCUCGACCCGUGCAUUCGAGCGUCGAUAAAAACGUGAGGAGGACCGGCAAUCAGCGCAGCUUCCAAGAACGCCUGAACGUUCACAGUCAGGAAACGAGAAACUCCGGUAGGCCGAUGUCCAGCGGUGACAUCCACAGCACCUUUUACACGAUGGCGGAUCGCGUCGCGCCCAAGAGGCCGAUGUCUGUCGAGUGGCAAUCGACCGGACAACGACAGAGAGCCAACCAGAUUGGUUGCUACCAAAAAACCAUCACUAAAACGAAGAACCACUUUACCAAUCGCCAAAACCAAAAUCAGAUCGCCUGCGCCACGUCUAGCAGCACGGACAAACUCCUGGAUCCGGCCAGUCAGUUACGCGAACUUAUCGAGACCGUCGGUCAUCUGAUCCCCGAUCCUCUUCUGGUCCCCCGCGAUUAUCUACCGAGUUUAGCCGCCGCGCCCGCGACGGAGAUCCCCAAGUUAUUGGCCAGUAGACCCGAGCUGAGGCUACCCGAGGCCCUCACCAGGCCCGAUCUGCUCCGGGAUCCCGAUCUACUUGUGAUAUCGCUCGCGCAUCUCCAGCACGUGCUGGAUCACGGUGAAGGCCCGGUUUCAAGAGCGCAACCGCAACAACCCAGGGCCGUUAACGGCGUUAAUGGCAUCGUUAACAAGGGAUCGUCCGGUCACACCAACAACAACGGCGCGAGAGGCGGCGGGUCCGUCACCGGCAGGCCCAAACUCAGCUGUAAACCGAUCGGCACGUUGAUGCCGGCGCAGCCGAUUGAUCUCUCGAGCGGCGCGAGCCGGUCACGCAUCAAUCCCUAUCCGCCUCUGCUCAGGGUGCGCAGCGGAUUGCUCAAGCAGGAGCCGGAAGUGAGUUCCACCGCGACCUCGCCGGACGAGUCGCAGCUAUGGCACCCGUUAUUCGGCAGCCAGAAGAGGCAACAGCAGCAGCAGCAACAGCAGCAACAACAGCAGCAGCAGCCGCCGCCGCCGCAACAACAGCAGCAGCACUCUUCCUGGCACAGGACCACUCUCGCCUCCUGACCAUCGUGACCUUGACCCUGGCCGCGAGUCCAGCGAUCCUGAAUGUGGCGUGCACGGAGAAAGGAACCGCGAUGGACGAGAAAUACCGCGACGCCACUUCUUACGCGGUUUCGGCUACUUACCGAGGCCGUUUGUACGAGCGACGCGGAGAUAUGCGGACGAAGAAACGCCGGCCGGCGAGAAGCUUUGCGGAAUUAUCGCCGCAGGAUACCCGUUGAAGCGUAUCCUUUUCUCCUCGCGGUGGUGUAGUCGACGCGACGUCGACUCGAUUCCGUUCGUACAUUUUCCUUUAACCCGCUGUUAGUCGCUCGUUAUUAUAUUCCCGCUUUAUUAUCGUACGCAUUCGUUAAAUUAUCUUCUUCAAAAAAUGCGAAAUAAUAACGAUAUGAAAUUUAAAUCUUUAUUUUAUCGAAAAAAUGCUCUGAAUUAUAUUACGUUAUAUAUGAAGAUAUUUUUAGCGUGUGUUAUAUACAUAUAUAUAUAUAUGAAUUAUCUGUAUCUAAAAUUAUGAUAAAACUUGUUUACAUGCCAAAGUAAGAAUGAGAUAAAAUACGAACGAGACUGACGGUGUGUUAAAAGAUUAAUUACGACGAGCAAUCUUAAUAAACACUCGAUAAACAUUCGUAAAUUAUAUAAAGGCAUAAAUCACAUGUGAUAAAAUCAUACGCGAAUGUAGACGAUAAUCGGUUAGUAGAGUAGAGAUUAGAGGUAACGUAUUUUGACUGAAGAACUCGGCAAACUUCUUAGCGAGUUCAAGUCGAAAAUAUAUUUUUCUGUUAAACUUUUUGUACUGACAAGACGAAGUAUUCUCUCUCAUAUCUAUGCAGAACCAAUGCCAAGUCAUAAUAGGACCAGUCACUAUUAUCAAGGAAAAAAAAAAAAAAAACAAACAAUGUACACGUCAAACGUGCAAUUGCGGAAAAUUACGCAAGUAUUCCGUAAUAAGGUCGCAGAUCAGAACUGUAAUACGCGGUUGAUUUGCGCGGCGAAUUACAGCGAAAGAAAGAAAAAAAGUAUCUCUAGUGUAGACUCGUUGAUGUGAUGUUUUGUAAGACUACACCACUGCUUCAACGAUAUAUACUGCGCGAUUUUUUCUCAUCGUCACAACUUUGUAGAGACCCUUGACACAAGUGCAAUGACACGAACGCCGUGAUGAGGCUUCUCCGUUUCGUACACGUAAUCUGUUUUUUAUAUAAGUAGUAGGCAAAAAAAAAAGCUUUUGCCAAUUUGUUACUAAUUAUUUAGACACAAGUUGUAAAACGAAAAUCUGUUCGCGAAAAACAGAUCGCAUCGAUAUUAAUUUUUAAUUUAAUUAGAAUUAAAAGAAUCCUAGAAUGUAAAAAUCUUUAAGAGACACAUGUUGAAUUUUCAUUAGAGAAAGAAAUACAAUAUUGUAUUUAAAGUUAUAUUCGACUUUUGUAUUGUAUAAUGCGAUGGGGUUUCUUUUGUUUGUAACGUUAUUUGUUAUAUCGUACCCUUGUUAUUUUACAUAUAAUUCGUUAUCGAUUUAACACUAUUUUAUCGACGGAAUACUUUUUUUGCUCGCAGCAUCGUCACGGCGAUCGUAACCAAUUUUCCGAUCCCAGCGAAAUAGAAAUUAGUGCGUCACGCUUCACAAAUAUUUAGAACCGUAAUUUACGAGCCGAAUUUACACGAGCAGUAUGCGAUUGAUUUCUAUCUGCGCAUUUAACGAUGAUGCAUUUAAAUUCUUCGAAAUUCGAUACGUUGAUUUUACGCGUUUUAAUUUCGUCAUAAAAAUUUCGUUGCACACUGGUUAAUUUGAAUAUUGUUAAAGUUCGCAAAAAACGGCGCGUUUUCGCAGAUAAAAUCCUAUCGUUAAAUUUAAGAUGAUUUAUUUAUUUCUUUUUUAAUUAGCCUAAUUAAUUGGCGCGUUACUUUCUUGUCUGUUGACAAGUCGAUUUAUAAACAGCUUCUUCGCUUUAGAUUAUCUCGCGAUAACACCCUCAUAAAAAGAGUCUUAAUCUUUCAAUCAAUAUUUACUUAUUAUUAUAGCCUAAAUGUUACACGUAGGUUUAUAAUCUUGCACAGUUAGUUAAAUAAAAUUUAUGAUUUUGGGAGUAAAUUACGAGUAUGUAUACGUCGACUGAAUUUCUAACGAAGAGCUCGAGAUAACUUUAAUAAGGAUUUUACGCGUUCGUGUUUAUUUUUCUCCUUUCUCUUAUCGUUCUUAUCUUCUUACGUAUUACACACGAUAAUUGGCAAUAUCGAGUACAAUUCUUUCUAAUUCGUUUUGUCUAGUUUGUUCCGGUUAGAAAUACUACAUGGACAAUUAAAGAGCAUCAAAUUGAUUACGACUAUUUGGCUCAUUUAUCGUUCGUAUGUGUGUGCGUGCGGCUAUUUCCGUCGACCACCGGAAAACCUCGGAGACACAAUAACGUAUCACAGAAAUGCCAUUUCAAAAAUAGUCACGCUUGAGUAUUCUAGCGCGAGCGGAGCUAUUUAUUGCGUAAGUGCAAUCCUUAUCUAAUUGCUCUUAUCUAAUUAUGAAUUAUGAAUUAUAAAUUAGCUCUUAUCUAACCAUGAAAUAAAAUUAUAGGAUGAGAAAUGUUCUGUUGUUAGUGUAAAUUCGGCGAAUGAGAAUGAGCGCAUUAAUCCUUUGCAAUCCGACACUUAUUAUUACCGUAUAAUAUUUCUCGUCGAAAAAAUUUAAAUAAUUUUUCAAUAAAUCGCUGUCUCUAUUCAAUUUUUAUUCACUUAAAACGCACGAUGUACGUACGAUUUUCUCUGCGUUAUAUAAUGUUUAGGAAGAACGCAAAGGAUUGAAGCGCAUAAAAAAAAAUGAAAAGAAUGAAACGGCGCGAAAUAAAAUUGCAUAGCUAUGCGUGACGAGAAUAGGUGCUAUUCGAUAGUUAAAAAAAAAAAAAAGAAACGAAUAUGGGGAACGCGAAGAAUGGCGAGAGGAGGGCCACGACGAAAGCGUGUAGAUAGUCCAUUUAGGUAGGGAAAAAGGUCCUUUAUACGGUGAUGUUCACGCGCGCGUGCUCCAAAAGAGACAACGUACCCAGCAUACGUUGACACGCACGAAUAUAUGAGACAUUGCGCGAAUACAUGAGACAUCGCGCGAUACCGAUUUUAUCGGAGCCGAAAUCCGAUACUUAGAUACGACGAAAGGAAUUCCUCGCGAUGACUCGCAGCAAUUGGUACAGUUCUCACGCGAGAAUUUAUGCGAGUCGCUCACCGAUAUGGAUUACAGUCGGUCAAAUAAAUUCUUUUGCCCCAUGCAUAAACCGUGUAUCCCAUGUGAAUUUUUGAAGUAGAUUAAUUUAUAUAACACGUUCUAUCGUGUGUGUCAAACGGAGAGCAUGGAAGAAAUUCCCAAAUAUUCCAAAAGAUAAAAUGGAGCAUAAAGUAGAAAAUACAAAAUUAUGCUAACAUUUAAUAAUAUUUUCUCUUUUUUUAAAAAUGAUGUAAAUAUAUUUUCUCUUUCUUAAACAGUGAUAUAUUUAAUAUAAUAUAAUAUUUUACGAAUGAGAGAGUAUAUUAGACUCUCUUUUUUAUGAUAAAAAUUCUUUCAGAGACAAUUUCAAUUUUAAUUCAAAGCAAAUUUCGUUCCUGAAAUUAAACGCAUUAUUCUAUCUUUUUGAGAUAUAAUGAUGUAUAGGAUACAUGGUGUGUAAAUCAUGGAGCAAUGGAAUUCUCUUUUUCCGACUAUAUCGUAGCUAUAUGAGAGUGAACGGUUAACUAUUCAAUUAAAUAAGCAAAUAAUUGAGCAUCGGCGAUCGCAUCGAAUUAAUCAAACCUUCAUUUAUUUGUUAUGCCUAUAGCUACGAAGAAAAAGACGAUUAAUUAUCGCGGAUACUUCCGUCAACUUGGCAUUUCCAUUACGAGAAAUCAAAUUCGAAUAUAAUCAAUUUUUUAUUCUAAUUUUCCAAAUUUAUUGCUUCUAUGAAUUAGCAUUAAAUUGAUAUUAAAAAUGAGGAUGCUGACACUUAAACAUUACGUUAACACGAAACCUUACUGAAAAACAUUUCUAACAAAUCAUAAAUAAAUAAAUGUAUAAGAAUUAAUUGAUAAUUAAUUGCUAAAAAAAUACUGUAAAAAGAUAGAUUUUAGAAAUAUUAAAUUUUUAUGAAAGUAUCAAGACGAAAUACAUUAGUGCCAAGUUAACGGAGGUAUCGCGGAUUAACCGGGUCUUAAUCGAUCCCGGAUGUACAAUUAAGGCGGCUAUGUGCAAGAGAAAUAGAGAUGAUGUGCAUUUGGUGUCCGAUUUGCGGUCAUAGAUAACGUAGAGACGAUCAUCGGACGGAAACGCACGCGAUUAUUAGCGGUAUCCGCGACGACCUCGUUAGAGAAACCACAGUUUUAACAUACACACACCUACAACAUUCGCGACGAUGACAGAUCACGUGGCACGCUACGCUGCGACAAAAAUAAAGACAACGACUGUUCUGUCCUCAUUUCGUUAUUCGUAAGACGAUACAGACAGAUACUAUGCAAAAAAUUAUCAGCGAGAACGAGACUAUCGCCGGAAAAAAAAAUUUUUCGUAUACGCGAUCUCUCGAUUCCAAUUAAUCCUUCACCUCAUUCAGAUUCGAAAGGAAGUAUUAAUAGCAAAAAUUUCAAAUCAAGGCCGACUUGUAUAAGAAAAUUUAUUAAAUGUAAUACGCGAUAAUGUGAGAGGCUGAAAAUAUUUAUAUUUUACGUCUGAGAUAUUUAAUAUUUUUUAAUGUUUAAAAGAGAGAAAGAAAUUCUCUUUUUUUUUUUGAGCAAAAUAGAAAUUCUUUUUUCUUUUACAGCCAAAAAAUCGAUCUAAUACGUUUCAUUAUUUCCUCGAAUCUAAACGGUGUUAAUUAAGAAUUAUCCUUCGCACGAUUUAAAGUUCCUCGAUUUACGGAAUGUGAGAGGACCGCCGUAAUCAUCGAUAUUGUCUCGUUAUCUAUGAGCUCUGUUACAUGGCACCCUUAAUCGAGUUUAAUAAUGUCCGUAGUUGUAAAACUGGCCAAUCACAGCUAUUCCUCCGAAAAAUAGAAUGACUGUGAUUGGCCAGCCUUAGAACUACGGAUUUUAAUUAGCUCGAUUAAGGGUGACGUGUAAACGUAGUCUAUGACCGUAUGGCGUACAACAUUCAUAAACAUCAUAAGCAUCAUUAAUGCGCACGAUGUGACGCGCGCGGGAAUAUGUAUAGAUUUCUAUUUGUUUGUUUAUUUAUUGUUAGGUAGAGAGCGCGAACUGCGCGUGACGAUCCGCGGCUAGGCAGGAGCCACCAACUUUUUAGAUGAUCGAAACCCUGUGACUGUUUAGCUUCUAGAUUUUAUUAGCAAUGUAAGAAUGACUAAAAUAUUAUUUUGUUGAUAUAUACAUAUUAUAUAUAUAAUUACUAUUGACUAUGAAUUACGAAUAAUCUGUAAAUAUACGAGAACACCGCA